AUGUCAGGCAUCUGGGGCUGGUUUGGCGGCGGAGCCGCGCAGAAGCGGAAAGAUAACCCCAAGAAUGUCAUCAUUACACUCCGGACGCAGCUCGAGAUGCUGGAAAAGCGCCAGAAACACCUCGAGAACCAGAUAGAGCAGCAGAACCAGAUAGCAAAGAAGAAUGUCACGACAAACAAACAAGCUGCGAUGGCGGCGCUGCGACGCAAGAAGGCCUACGAACACACCCUCGAGCAGACACUGAACCACGUUGGAACCAUCGAGCAGCAGAUUGGGGCGAUCGAGUCGGCAAAUAUCAACCUUGAGACGUUCGCCGCCAUGCAGAGGGCGGGCGACGUCAUGAAGCAAAUACAUGGCAAGCUCACGCCCACAAAGGUGGACGAAGUAAUGGAUCAGAUUCAGGAAUACAACCGGCUCAACGAAGAUAUUGCGGAUAGCAUUUCUAACGCCGCCAUUGGCCCGCAAGUCGACGAGGCAGACCUAGAGGACGAAAUGGAAGCUCUUCAGCAGCAAGAGCUGGAGGACAAGAUGCUCGAGACGGGCGCCGUGCCCGUCGACCGACUGCCUGCUGUGGCAAAUGGAGAUCUCAAAGGAAAGGCGCCCGCAGUAACAGAGGACGACGAGGAGGCGGAACUCAGAAAGCUGCAGGAAGCGAUGGCUAUCUGA